UAACAUAUCAUAUGAAUAUCACCAUUGUUAUGGAUGGUUAUGAAUUUUCCAUGGAAAUAAACCCUCAAGAACCAAUUCUCCAAACAAAACAAAAAAUACAAAACUUCUUAGGAGUACCAAUGGCUUCACAAACUCUUUCAUUUUUGGGUUUUGAAUUAUUGGAUGGAUUCAACAUUCAAGAUUAUCCAGUAAUAACACAAGGUACAAAAAUCCAAUUAAUCAUCGAAAAUAUUAUUGGAGAAACAUCCUUACAGCAAAAUAAUAUUAUUGUUUCUUCAAAAUUCCAAAUUAUAGUCAAAAUGUCAUCAAGAAAACUAAACAUAGAUAUUGACAGUACCGAAACUGUCCAAAGCCUAAAAGAAAAAAUACACAUAAUCGAUGGGACCCCAAUAAGAAGAAUGUCUCUUUUCUUUUCUGGCAACGAAUUAAACGAUGAAUAUCGAAGUUUAAUCGAAUAUGGGGUUGAAGAAUUUUCAGAAAUUAUUGUGUUUUUAAAGACUAUGUCACGUAUGGUUACUGAGACACCUUCGAGAGGAAUUAGUCUAGUGGUGCAAACAUCAUCUAGUUUGCUUAAUUCAGCAAAAAUUCCAAUUGAAAUGAGUGAUUUGGGCACGGUAAAUAAUUUGAGACAACUAUUAUUAGAUCGAAAAAUUCUUCCUAUGGAUGAAUAUAUUUUUAUUCACAAACAAAGGAUUAUGAGGGAUAAUUGUAGUCUUCGUUGGCAUGGUGUUGAAAAUGGGGAUUUUGUUUAUGUUUUUAAAGGGUCUGUUAGUAGGGAAGGACAUUGA